CAGCCUUGUCUUGGUGUCUAUCUCAGUUUUCAUUUUUUACAAACUCUCUCUGCCUUGUCUUUCUCGCCGGCGUCGGCGACAUGCUCGAUGCAAAUUUUUUUCUGGCUAGAGUCUCCGGUGCACCGAGAAUGAGAUCGGACCUUUCAACCAUACAGUACGAAAAGCUGUUUGGAUAGCUGGAAAUCGACGGAGAAAGUUUCCGGUAUUUCUCGGUAAUUCGGUAGUCUAAAAUCAUUUUGAAACAGUGAUUUUUGUUUUGUAUUUCUUUUGUCGGAGAUGGUCUGAUAUACGAAAAACUGAUCUUAUUGUGAUAUUCGGGAGUUUUGGAGUCCGAAGUUUGUCAUGGAUUUUGUCCACCAAAAUUUAUAGGGAAAAUAAUAGAUUAAUGGAAAUUGAUUGUGUGCAAAAAUCAGAAUUUGCUUUCUGAGAAUUUGGUGUUGCUUGGUUCAGGAUAAGUGGCAUUCUUAUUCGUAUGAACCUCUUUUUGAAGAUUGUUUUUUUCGGUAGGAGGUUUGGUUGAUUUUGUAAAGGGAAGGGUAUACUUUUAAAGAUUUGUUAACAUGACAGAGAUACCAAACAGGAAUUCUUUGAUGAUUGAGGAGGAAAGAGAAGUAAAUACUAAUCAUAAUGUGAGGUGGGAGGGUAGAAUGAAUGAUGGUCGUCUUAGAUUUGGAUCAAGUGAUUCAUUUCUCCCUGGUCUUGUUGAUGAUGUGGCACUGAAUUGCCUUGCUUGGGCUUGUAGAUCGGAUUAUGCUUCAUUAGCAUGCAUUAAUAGAAAGUAUAGUACGUUAAUUAAAAGCGGGUAUCUGUAUGGGUUGAGGAAACAACUGGGAAUUGUGGAGCACUGGGUGUAUCUGGUUUGUGAUCCGAGAGGUUGGGAGGCAUUUGAUUUGUCGAAAAAGAAAUGGAUCACAUUACCUAGAAUACCUUGUGAUGAGUGUUUCAACCACGCAGAUAAGGAGUCUCUGUCUGUGGGUAGUCAGUUGUUGGUCUUUGGUCGUGAAAUGUUGGAUUUUGCUAUUUGGAAAUACAGUUUGAUACUUCGCAGUUGGGUUAAAUGCCAGGGAAUGAACCGCCCUCGCUGUCUGUUUGGGUCUGGUAGCCUUGGUUCAAUUGCCAUUGUUGCAGGGGGGAGUGACAAAAAUGGAAAUGUCUUCAAGUCAGCAGAGCUAUAUGAUUCCACAACAGGUGAGUGGGAAAUGCUACCAAACAUGAAAACGCCACGUAGAUUGUGCUCAGGAUUUUUCAUGGAUGGAAAAUUUUAUGUGAUUGGUGGGAUGUCAAGUCCCACUGUUUCAUUGACUUGUGGAGAGGAGUAUGAUCUUGAGACAAAAGAGUGGAGGAAGAUAGAGAAUAUGUACCCACUAGCAAAUAGGGCUCCUCAGGCACCUCCUCUUGUAGCAGUUGUGAGUAACCAGUUGUAUGCAGUUGAGCAUCUCACCAACAUGGUGAAAAAGUAUGACAAGGUUAAUAACACCUGGCAUGUUUUGGGAAGGCUUCCGGUGAGGGCUGAUUCUGCAAAUGGCUGGGGACUGGCUUUCAAGGCUUGUGGGGAGGAACUUCUGGUUGUGGGUGGGCAAAGAGGUCCCGAAGGUGAAAGCAUUGUGCUCAAUGCUUGGCACCCAGCUUCAGGUGUCAGGGAUGGCGUUUUGGAUUGGAAGAUUCAAGGUGUGAAGGAACAUGGUGGUGUCUUUGUAUUCAACUGUGCAGUUAUGGGUUGUUGAAGAUUCUUUUUUUUUAAAGAUUAACACAAAAGAAGGAACCAGUUUCUGCAAUCUGACCUGGCCCUUUUGGGUUCUAUCCUGUGUAUUGGAUUGACUAGAAUUAAUUGUUGAUGAAAUAGUGUUUCUCUGAUUGGGAAUUUGGUUUCCUUUUCUUAACAUUCCUGUAUUGCAUCUGUUUCUUUCUUUGCAUCCUACAUAAGAUUUGCUUUCCAGGAAAUCGAAAUAGGGUCACUCUUGUAAUUUUGUGCUUUUCUUUUAUAUAUUUCGAGUUGCUUCUUA